GCUCAGGGAUGAGCUCCACCCGAACUUCCCCAGCUCCCACCUGUCCCAGCCCCAGCCCCAGCGAACUGACAGGCUUAGUACCUGACUGGCCACCCUGGGUCACCACCUUUCGCUUUUUUCUGGGGUCACCUAGUUUCGCCCCCCAGCAUUGCUCUCUCGGCCUGGAUGAAGCUGUUCUGCCUCCAGCCCCCGGGCAAUGAGACUCUUCUGAGUUCCCCGGCCUCGAGGGCCACGGGCACUGUGUUCUUGCUGCUGGCUGCCGUGCUAGGGCUGCCCGGCAAUGGCUUCGUGGUGUGGAGCCUCGCGGGCUGGAGGCCGGCGCGGGGAAGGCCCCUGGUGGCCACCCUGGUGCUGCAUCUGGCCCUGGCCGACGGCGCGGUGCUGAUGCUCACCCCACUCUUCGUGGCUUUUCUGGUUGGCCAGGCGUGGCCCCUGGGCCACACGGGCUGCAAAGCGGUGUACUACGUGUGCGCGGUCAGUAUGUACGCCAGCGUCCUGCUCACCGCCCUGCUGAGCCUGCAGCGCUGCCUGGCCGUCACCCGUCCCUUCCUGGCUCCCACUCUGCGCAGCCCGGCCUUGGCCCGACGACUGCUGCUUGGCGUCUGGGCAGCCGCUCUGCUCCUGGCGCUGCCCGCAGCCACCUACAGACACCUGUGGGGGGGACGCGUGUGCCAGCUGUGCCAUCCUUCACCUGCUGCGGCCGCAGCUCACCUGGCGUUGGAGACCCUGACGGCUUUCGUGCUGCCCUUCGGCUUGGUACUGGGCUGCUACGGAGUGACUCUGGCCCGGCUGCGGAGCGGGCGCUGGGGGGCCGGACGCCAGGGCGUGCGCGCAGGCCGUCUAGUGAGUGCCAUCGUGCUGGCUUUCGGCUUGCUCUGGGCUCCCUACCACGCUGUCAACUUGCUGCAAGCAGUGGCCGCCUUGGCACCUUCCAAUGGGUCUCUGGCGAGACUUGGGGGGGCAGGCCAGGCCGCCAGGGCCGGGACCACAGCUUUGGCUUUCUUCAGCUCCAGCGUCAACCCCAUUCUCUACGUUUUUGCUGCCGGGGACCUUUUGCCCCGGGCUGGACCUCGAUUCCUCACCCGAAUCUUCGAAGGCUCAGGGGAGGCACGGGGGGAAGGUCGUUCCCACGAAGGAACGAUGGAGCUGCGAGCUACUAGGCGCUUGGGAGGAGCAGGGCAGGAUCAAGGGAAUGGGGACCCCGGCGGUGGAGUCCAAGGGAUAGGCUCAGAUUGCAAAGGCUGAAGUUGCAUCUUCCUUUCCCUCUAUUUCUCCAACACUUUUUUCCCUACCAGCUCCCUAUCUAUGUUUGAACCCAGAAUCCAGGGGUACUACCCCUCCUCCCCCCACACUUCUGCCCGACUCCUUACUGGCCCAGAGACUUGUGACAAGAAGUUUACUGUGCAGCCCUAAGGGGGGAGUCACUCCAGGCCCACAGAACUCAGGGAGCAGGAUUUGUUGUGUUUGGCUUAUUUUUAUGUAUGUGCCCAGCUAUGCUGACCAAUAGUGCCAGAGGUGUCAGAUUGUAAAUACAGUGGAUCCAUUUACACAACGUUAUUCCUAUUGUUUGUGUCUUCUUUCCAGCCAACAUAAAAAUUCAAGGAUAUUUUAAAGGUCUCUUUUCUCCUCCACAACUGUAAAGCUAGGGUUGGGUUAUCUUAGUUUGGGAAAUUCUCUCAUAAAAGCUGGGACUAGACAGCCAUCUAGGGAGCAACAUAGGGAGGUGCAAGAUUAUAUAAAAUCGUUUUAGUACCCCCCAAUUUUGCCCUGCCAGAUGGCACAUAGGGUAUUCUUUUUUCAUUAAAUUGUUUUUCAAGUCAAGAUCCACCCUUUCUCU